AUGCAAGGCAGUUCUGCCGAGCCCGCACCGUCGGCCGCGCCGUUGUACCCUCCGUUAGAGACGUUCCUCGACCGGCGGCAUCCGCAGCCGAUUUCUCUCAAUUUGGGAUUCAAGCGCUUCCGAUGGCCUGCCUUUGCUCCGCUUCACGAGAUCAAAGUUCUUCAAGGCUCUUCGAAUGCGGAAUCUGAGCAGGACCUAUACCAAGUCCAGGUUGACGACGGUACUUUCUCGCUUCACCCGAUCGCCAGCGAGCCGUACACCAACCCCCUGAUAUCCUCAUUGAGGACUUCAGUUGACGUUCUCGACUAUUACGGCUCUCGCGAUACAUGGGAAGAUCUUCAUACAGUAGAUCGCCCAGAAGACGACAGUGAAGUCCAGUGUGAGUGCUGCGAUCGGAUGCCAUAUCAAGCACCGCAGCCACUCAUUAUCCGCGCAAGCUCAAAGGCCUACGUCACUAUUGGAGAUAUUGUCUCGCAAGUAAAUAAAUAUGUUACUGACUUGCGCGAGGAUGUCCUCGAGGCCUUGGAUGCUGCUGGAGAAUAUGCUGGGGAAAGAGGCCCCGAUCACACUUUCUGGGUUGCCUUCAGCGUCAAUAGCAUCAAUAUUGAGGAAUCACGGUCCACCUCGGAGCUAAACAAGGCUUGGAAGGAUAAUGCGGAUACCGUGCGGCAGUUUCGUCCUGGUAUGCAGUUUCAAGUGAUAAACCAGCCUUUGCAAGGAUGACUGGCUACAAUCUUUGUAUAUACCGAUGGAUGCACCAGUGCAGGAACAGCCGAUAGACUACUAGACAGACCAGAGUGCCUAGCAAGGAAAAGAU